GGUCCCCGGAUAAACGCACGUAAAACAAGCCUUUUGGAGCGACAAAUGGGGAGCGAAUUUCCUGCAGUUCACUAUAGUCUUGAAUACGGUUCUCGGAUAGACAACAGACACCGAUGUUGAGACUCCCUAAAGACAUUACCAGCCCUUCCUGUUGUCCGAUCUGCAUUAGUGUGCGGACGUUGAAGGAGCCCAGUUUGAAUGGUAUACGUAGUUUUAGAUGGACUGUUUCAGUAUUCGACGGUAGCAUUCAUUUUUCCAUCAGUCAGUGGCUUGGAAUCGUUUAGAUAGGACAGGGCUUCCACCAUAGGCGAGCCUCUGUAUAAGUUGUAAAUAAAAUAAAUAAAAGGGGAAGAUAAGUGACGUAGUAUAGAAGAAAGAAAAAUGGGUGUUAUCAAAUGAUUGUGAAUACGACUUGUCCUAAUGAGCGUUGAAGCAAGAAUAAUUAUUACAAUAUUAGUCAUUUAAUUUAUUUAUGGGCUGGAAUACUACCCGAAUGACCAAACUGAAGCUGGUAGUUUUCUUAAAGGGCCAUGCAUUGAGUUUUUUACUUAAAGGUCUAAUCCACAAGGCGGUGGAACAGCGUUAGGAGAUGUAGCCUCAUUGUAACCGGUGAAUAACAAUAGGUUCGCACCCCAUUUGUUCCUCCAGGAUCUUGGACUUCAUGUGCCCCACUGGUAUGGAGUCAGCUUUCCAAAUCCCCUAGGUAGAUCCUCCGUAUCCACCAAGCCAGUUAAAGCGCCAGACAAUCGCUUUUUGUUCUUUUAUUUCCGUAAACAAUAACGCCGCGAGAAUGCAAUGAGUAGGACUUCAGUGGCAAUAUACUUGAGGCGAUAUGAGAGCAUUUUGAAACAGCGAGCUCUCCGCACACUCAGCUGUAUCAGGGCGUUUUGAGGUGCGUUAUUCAGUUGUAGCUAUUAUUUAAGCGCCGAAGAUCUUUAUUGUGUUGUAUCUCGAACUUUACAGUUCCGUUUAUUGGUAAGGUCUUCCAAAUCAUUUUGUGAUUUCUGUUCAGUUCCCCUCUAGAUUUGUAUGCACCAUGUACCAAUUAAUUUCAAGCAUUAGGAUCUAGUGGCAUUUUCAGUGCAAAAGUCUGUCCAGUAUGUUCACUUGCAUUAAGCUCGGUAUAUGAAACAAUAAUUUGUGUUUUGAUACAAUUUACAAGCUCUAGACAUCUCAUUAAUGUGAAUAAUGGUGUAAAUUUUCAAUUAUAAUCAAAGCGCAAGCAUUAAAUUCAUAGUCAUUAAAUAACAGGUUAUGCUCACUGUUUAAUUUUCUAAAUUGAUCAGAUCUUUUUUUCCUGGAAGAUGCUUAGGUUUAAACAAUGAUUAACAGGAAGCGCUCAUACUCAUCACGUUCCCGUUCCAGGUCAUCAGGAUUCUAUACACCAAGACGAAAAAACCGGUCCAGAUCCAAUGAACGCUCUAAGUUCAGUUCUUCGUUGAAAGAAAGAAAUCGACAGAGGUCACAUUCAAAAAAUCUUGACUACAGUCCUCGACGUUCUUUAAGUCCUGCUGAGCGAAAGUCGAAGUUUUCAAGGCUUAGAAAACCUGAAAUACAAUCAAGUGUUAAUCCAAUCGCGGACUUUCAGACUGAAGGUGUACGAAGCACUGCACGUGAUUCACAUUCUCCUAUAUCUUUAACAGAACGUUUCACUCGUCUGACAAAUUCAGGGACGGCUGUAUACAAUAAACGCAGGUAUGGUCGUUUUGGAGAUAACCAUCGUCUUCCACAUCUUAUACUUACCAAUAAUACAAAGCUCCCCCCAGCAACUCUUAUGCGUCAGGCUAAAGAAAUUUCAAUUGUCAUAGAGCGAACAUUUCCUCUUAAUAUGGACUUAUCAACACAUGAAAAACCUGUGACAUUUGAUUUUCGUCAUAGUCACAUUGUAAUCCCACGUCGUCCCAAUGAAGGUUACAAACCUGUAUUUGAUCGUCCUGGAUUAAAGUUUUACAAUACUGAAGCGGAUGAAGUCCAGAUUUACAAACGUUUAGUGGACACGAUUUCCUCCUCAAAUACACGAAGAUCCAAUAAUAUGGACAACAAAAAAGAAAGUGAGUAUCACGACAUAAGUCAUUUUACAGGUCCCGGUCGAUUUUAUGGCAGUCGAGUAGAUGAACGUUUGAUGGAUUCAAAGCGUACUUAUCCGUUGGAUCCUUCAGAAACUCCGAAAGGACAUUCUUAUUAUCUUCAUGAUGAUCGAACAGAUGAUGGGUAUGGACCGAGGCGCCGAUGGAAUAAUAAAUCCGAUCGUUUAUACUCUUCUAGUUACCAACGUGAUCGUCGAUCUCGCCGCACUUCUCCUUCACCACGAUCUUCUCGUUCUGAAAUUAAACCGAAAAAGUGGCUCCACGACAAAUUUGAAGAGAUGGAAGGGGACAAUAGUUCACAAAAACCGAUCCCAAUGCCUGUUCCUGCUCCCAAACCUAUAUUAUGGUCUACUAUUGGUAAGGAAAUCUUGAAUGGAAAUAAAACUGUUGUAAGUGAUGACCAAAAUUACAGCCCGAAUAGUGCAGCCAAUCAAUCACCGCUAACAGACAACGAAAAUACUACGAAUACACUAGAGACAAAAGUACAAUCAGUUGUGGCUAAUUCAACUGUUCGUAGUAAUGAAAAAGUUUCUACCAAAGAAGAGCAUUUCAACAGUGAAGUUUUCCAUCUAGAUGUUGAUCAUGUAUUUGACGAAGCUAUUGAACGAUGA